UCCCGCUCCAGGAAGCUGUAAUUUGGGCGCGAAGACCACAAGCCAAGCAGACCCAGUUUUCUGACCCUCUUCACAGGACCCAGGAAACCAUGGGCACCUCCAGGCUCUACACCCUAGUGCUGGUGCUCCAGCCUCAGCGAGUUCUCCUAGGAAUGAAGAAGAGGGGCUUUGGUGCUGGCCGCUGGAAUGGCUUCGGGGGCAAAGUCCAGGAAGGAGAGACCAUUGAGGACGGGGCAAAGAGGGAGCUGCAGGAAGAGAGUGGCUUGACAGUGGAUGCACUGCACAAGGUGGGCCACAUAUCAUUUGAGUUUGUGGGUUCCCCUGAGCUGAUGGAUGUGCAUAUCUUCUCUACUGACCACGUGCACGGGAUGCCCACAGAGAGUGACGAAAUGCGCCCUCAGUGGUUCCAACUCGACCAGAUCCCCUUUGCAGACAUGUGGCCCGAUGACAGCUAUUGGUUCCCACUCCUGCUUCAGAAGAAGAAGUUCUGUGGGUACUUCAAGUUCCAAGAUCAGGACACCAUCCUCGACUACUCGCUGCGUGAGGUGGAUGAAUUCUAAUACGGACAUCUGGCCUGUUGUGGCGAAAAACUGUUGGUCCAAGGGCACCACAAGGAGGGGCUGGUAUUUUCUAUUGGAAUGUAAAAUGUCACUGAUAGAUUAAUAUACCUGAAUACUUUGUCUCCACCUACUGGUCCUGUUUUGGACGGUUGUGGCAUCGUUAGGAGCCAGAGCACUGAUGGGGUAACUGAAUCACUGGGGGGUCAAAGAGAUGUGGGACAGGCCUUAAGGUUUUAUAGAUAGGUGUUGUGGAAUAUUAUUUUAAGAUGUAUUAUAUUUGUUUAUACCGUGGAGCACUUGUUUUAAUGAUGCACAGAUGUGCUGUGUUC